AGCGCGGUGCGGCGCGGGGAGCCCAGGGCCCGAGGCUGUGCUCUGUCUGGGAUUGCGCCGUCCCAGCCUCCUUCCCCUCUCUGUGGGUAGGGAUGGUUGAGUCCAGCCGCUACGGCAGCGGCUCCUUGUGCCUCUAGCAGCCUGUCUUCUGCGCUCUCCGCCUUCCCUCUCUAGACUGGCUCUCCUCCCCCCGCGCCCCCUCCCUCCCGCAGCUCCCACUCGCUGGCUCGCUCUCCGGCUGCCUCCGCUCCGGGUUUCUCCUGGCUGCGCGCGCUCCUCUCCCCGCCUCGCCCCUCCCGCAGCCUCGCCGCCUUGGUGCCUUCCUGCCCAGCUCGGCGGGCUCUCAUCCCCAGCCCCGGCCCCGGCCCGACAGUCCAGUGUCGGCGCUCGGAGUGGCUCAGCCCUGCAGUGGUUCGGGACCCGAUGCUAUGAGAGCGAAGCGAGCCGGGCGCCCAGACCUGCAGGAGGCGUCGGAUGCGCGGCUGGUCUGUGGACCGGGAUCUCUCCCCCGCUCGCCUUGCCCUCUGGUGAUUAUUUGGCUCUGUUCAUAGCCCUGCCGCUCCUCGGAGGAGCCCGGCACAUCUGAGAAGAGCCAUCGGUGUCGUGUGCGUGUGGAAUAUCUGCAGACAUGACUGCGUGGAGGAAAUUCGCGUCGCUGCUCCUGCUUCUGGUGCUGCUGGUCCUGUGCGCGGGGCUCCUUACUGCAGCGAAGGGUCAGAACUGUGGAGGCUUAGUCCAGGGUCCCAAUGGCACCAUCGAGAGCCCAGGGUUUCCACACGGUUACCCCAACUAUGCGAACUGUACCUGGAUUAUCAUCACAGGAGAGCGCAAUCGGAUACAGUUGUCAUUCCAUACCUUUGCUCUCGAAGAAGAUUUUGAUAUUUUAUCAGUUUACGAUGGACAGCUCCAACAAGGGAAUUUGAAAGUGAGGUUAUCAGGAUUUCAGCUGCCUUCCUCUGUGGUCAGUACCGGCUCGAUCCUCACUCUGUGGUUCACAACGGACUUCGCUGUGAGUGCCCAGGGUUUUAAAGCCCUCUAUGAAGUUUUGCCCAGCCACACAUGUGGAAAUCCUGGGGAAAUCCUGAAAGGUGUUCUCCAUGGAACCAGAUUCAACAUAGGAGACAAGGUCCGGUACAGCUGUCUGCCUGGCUACAUCUUGGAGGGUCACGCCAUCGUAACCUGCAUCGUCAGCCCUGGGAAUGGUGCAUCCUGGGACUUCCCAGCCCCCUUUUGCAGAGCUGAGGGAGCUUGUGGCGGGACGUUACGGGGAACGAGCAGCUCUAUCUCCAGCCCUCACUUCCCUUCGGAGUAUGAGAACAAUGCAGACUGUACGUGGACCAUUCUCGCUGAACCUGGUGACACCAUUGCCUUGGUCUUCACUGACUUUCAGCUUGAGGAAGGAUAUGACUUCUUAGAGAUCAGCGGAACCGAAGCACCGUCCAUAUGGCUGACUGGCAUGAACCUUCCUUCUCCUGUUAUCAGCAGCAAGAAUUGGUUACGACUUCAUUUCACAUCUGACAGUAACCAUAGACGGAAAGGGUUUAAUGCUCAGUUUCAAGUGAAGAAAGCGAUUGAAUUGAAGUCAAGAGGAGUCAAGAUGAUGCCUAGCAAGGACAGCAGCCAUAAAAACUCCGUCUUAAGUCAAGGAGGUGUUGCUUUGGUCUCUGACAUGUGUCCAGAUCCUGGAAUUCCAGAAAAUGGCAGAAGAGCAGGUUCUGACUUCAGGGUUGGUGCAAAUGUACAGUUCUCCUGUGAGGAUAGUUACGUGCUGCAGGGAUCCAAGAGCAUCACGUGUCAGAGAGUCACGGAGACGCUGGCUGCUUGGAGUGACCAUCGGCCGAUUUGCCGAGCUAGAACAUGUGGAUCAAAUCUGCGUGGACCCAGUGGCAUCAUCACCUCCCCUAAUUACCCGGUUCAGUAUGAAGACAAUGCACACUGUGUGUGGGUCAUCACCACCAUCGAUCCAGACAAGGUCAUCAAGCUUGCCUUUGAGGAGUUUGAACUGGAAAGAGGCUAUGACACCCUAACAGUGGGUGACGCUGGGAAAGUGGGUGAUACCAGAACAGUCUUGUAUGUACUCACUGGCUCCAGCGUUCCUGACCUUAUCGUGAGUAUGAGCAACCAGAUGUGGCUGCACCUACAGUCUGACGACAGCAUCGCCUCUCCUGGAUUUAAAGCCGUUUACCAAGAAAUUGAGAAGGGAGGAUGUGGGGACCCGGGCAUCCCAGCCUAUGGGAAGCGGACUGGCAGCAGUUUUCUCCAUGGCGACACGCUCACUUUUGAGUGCCAAGCAGCCUUCGAGCUGGUGGGGGAGAGAGUUAUCACAUGUCAGCAGAACAACCAGUGGUCUGGCAACAAGCCCAGCUGUGUAUUUUCCUGUUUCUUCAACUUCACGGCGUCAUCAGGCAUCAUCCUCUCACCCAAUUACCCAGAGGAGUAUGGCAACAACAUGAACUGUGUUUGGCUGAUCAUUUCUGAGCCAGGCAGCAGGAUUCACCUAAUCUUUAAUGACUUCGAUGUGGAGCCUCAGUUUGACUUCCUUGCGGUCAAGGAUGACGGGAUUUCAGAUAUAACGGUGUUGGGCACCUCUGGCAAUGAGGUGCCCUCCCAGCUCGCCAGCACUGGGCACAUCGUCCGCCUGGAGUUCCAGUCAGAUCAUUCCACCACUGGCAGAGGCUUCAACAUCACCUACACCACAUUUGGUCAAAACGAGUGCCAUGAUCCUGGCAUUCCCAUAAAUGGACGGCGUUUUGGUGACAGGUUCCUGCUUGGCAGUUCGGUCUCUUUUCAUUGUGAUGAUGGCUUUGUCAAAACCCAGGGGUCAGAGUCCAUCACCUGCAUCCUGCAGGAUGGGAAUGUGGUCUGGAGCUCCACCGUCCCCCGCUGUGAAGCCCCAUGCGGUGGACACCUGACAGCUUCAAGUGGAGUCAUUUUGCCCCCAGGAUGGCCUGGGUAUUAUAAAGAUUCCUUAAAUUGUGAAUGGGUAAUUGAAGCAAAACCAGGACACUCAAUCAAAAUAACUUUUGACAGGUUUCAGACAGAAGUCAAUUACGACACCCUGGAGGUCAGAGACGGGCCGGCCAGCUCAUCCCCGCUGAUUGGGGAGUACCACGGCACACAGGCCCCCCAGUUCCUUAUCAGCACAGGGAACUUCAUGUACCUCCUUUUCACCACGGACAACAGCCGGGCCAGCGUGGGCUUCCUCAUCCACUAUGAGAGUGUGACUCUGGAGUCAGACUCCUGCCUUGACCCGGGUAUCCCUGUGAAUGGGCAUCGGCACGGCAGCCACUUUGGCAUCCGGUCUACAGUGACAUUCAGCUGUGAUCCAGGGUACACGCUAAGUGAUGAUGAGCCCCUGAUCUGUGAGCGGAACCACCAGUGGAACCACGCAUUGCCCAGCUGUGAUGCCCUCUGUGGAGGCUACAUCCAUGGAAAGAGUGGAACAGUUCUUUCUCCUGGGUUUCCAGAUUUUUACCCAAACUCCCUAAACUGCACAUGGACCAUUGAGGUGUCUCAUGGAAAGGGAGUGCAGAUGAUCUUUCACACCUUUCACCUGGAGAGCUCCCAUGACUACUUACUGAUCACAGAAGAUGGGAGCUUCACGGAGCCAGUGGCCAGGCUCACUGGGUCAGUGCUGCCUCACACCAUUAAGGCAGGUUUGUUCGGAAACUUCACCGCCCAGCUUCGGUUUAUAUCAGACUUCUCCAUUUCCUACGAGGGCUUCAACAUCACGUUUUCAGAGUAUGACCUUGAGCCCUGCGAUGACCCCGGCGUGCCUGCCUUCAGCAGAAGAAUCGGUUUCCACUUUGGAGUCGGGGACUCGCUGACGUUUUCCUGCUUCCCAGGGUAUCGCUUAGAAGGUGCAACCAAGCUUACGUGCCUGGGUGGGGGCCGCCGUGUGUGGAGUGCACCUCUGCCAAGGUGUGUGGCUGAAUGUGGAGCAAGUGUCAAAGGAAAUGAAGGAACAUUACUGUCUCCAAAUUUCCCGUCAAAUUAUGAUAAUAACCAUGAGUGUAUCUAUAGAAUUGAAACAGAAGCUGGCAAGGGGAUUCAUCUCAGAGCGCGGAGCUUCCAGCUAUUUGAAGGAGAUGUUCUAAAGGUUUAUGAUGGAAAAGACAGCUCCUCACGUCCACUGGGGGCCUUCACGAGAAAUGAGCUGGUGGGGCUGAUCUUGAACAGCACCUCCAACCACCUGUGGCUGGAAUUCAACUCCAAUGGAUCUGACACUGACCAAGGCUUCCAGCUUACCUACACAAGUUUUGACCUGGUGAAAUGUGAGGAUCCAGGAGUUCCCAGCUAUGGCUAUAGGAUCCGGGACGAAGGCCACUUCACAGAUACGGUGGUUCAGUAUAGCUGUAACCCUGGCUAUGCUAUGCACGGCGCCAAUACUCUGACCUGUCUGAGUGGUGACCGGAGAGUGUGGGACAGACCACUGCCAUCCUGCAUGGCGGAAUGUGGUGGGCAGAUCCACGCAGCCACGUCAGGCCGCAUCUUGUCUCCUGGGUAUCCGGCUCCCUAUGACAACAACCUCCACUGUACCUGGGUCAUAGAGGCAGACCCAGGAAAGACCAUCAGCCUCCACUUCAUCGUGUUUGACACGGAGCUGGCCCACGACAUCCUGAAAGUGUGGGACGGGCCGGUGGACAGCGACAUCCUGCUGAAGGAGUGGAGCGGCUCAGCGCUGCCCGAGGACAUCCAUAGCACCUUCAACUCGCUCACCCUUCAGUUCGACAGUGACUUCUUCAUCAGCAAGUCUGGCUUCUCCAUUCAGUUCUCAACAUCCAUCGCGUCUACCUGCAAUGAUCCAGGGAUGCCUCAAAACGGCACCCGCUAUGGCGACAGCAGAGAGCCUGGGGACACCAUUACCUUCCAGUGCGACCCUGGGUACCAGCUUCAAGGGCAAGCCAAGAUCACCUGUGUGCAGCUGAAUAACCGGUUCUUUUGGCAGCCAGACCCUCCAACAUGCAUAGCGGCAUGUGGAGGGAACCUGACAGGCCCGGCCGGCGUCAUCCUGUCGCCCAACUACCCACAGCCGUACCCACCAGGGAGGGAGUGUGACUGGAGGGUAAAAGUGAACCCGGACUUCGUCAUCGCCUUGAUAUUCAAAAGUUUCAACAUGGAGCCCAGCUAUGACUUCCUGCAUAUCUAUGAAGGAGAAGAUUCCAACAGCCCCCUGAUUGGAAGUUUCCAGGGCUCUCAAGCUCCAGAAAGAAUUGAGAGUAGUGGAAAUAGUCUUUUUCUGGCGUUUCGAAGUGAUGCCUCUGUGGGCUUGUCGGGGUUCGCCAUUGAAUUUAAAGAGAAACCACGGGAGGCCUGUUUUGACCCUGGGAAUAUAAUGAACGGGACAAGGAUUGGGACAGACUUCAAACUCGGCUCAACCGUCACUUACCAGUGUGACUCUGGCUACAAGAUUGCUGACCCAUCGUCCAUCACCUGUGUGAUCGGAGCCGAUGGGAAACCCGCCUGGAACCGGGUCCUGCCCUCCUGCAACGCCCCAUGUGGUGGCCAGUACACUGGAUCAGAAGGGGUAGUUUUGUCUCCCAACUACCCUCACAAUUACACAGCUGGACAGAUCUGCCUCUAUUCCAUAACGGUGCCAAAGGAAUUUGUGGUAUUUGGCCAGUUUGCCUAUUUCCAGACGGCACUGAAUGACCUGGCAGAGCUCUUUGACGGGACUCACCCCCAGGCCAGACUCCUCAGCUCACUCUCUGGGUCUCAUUCAGGUGAAACACUGCCUUUGGCCACAUCAAAUCAGAUUCUGCUCCGAUUCAGCGCAAAGAGCGGCGCACCAGCCCGAGGCUUCCACUUUGUCUACCAAGCUGUUCCUCGGACCAGUGACACCCAGUGCAGCUCUGUCCCUGAGCCCAGAUAUGGAAGGAGGAUCGGCUCUGAGUUUUCGGCGGGAUCCAUAGUUCGAUUUGAGUGUAACCCAGGAUACCUGCUCCAGGGCUCCACAGCUAUCCGCUGCCAGUCUGUACCUAACGCCCUAGCUCAGUGGAAUGACACAAUCCCAAGCUGUGUAGUCCCCUGCAGUGGGAAUUUCACUCAGCGAAGAGGUACGAUUUUAUCCCCUGGCUACCCUGAACCGUAUGGUAACAACUUAAACUGUAUAUGGAAGAUCAUAGUGACAGAGGGAUCAGGAAUUCAGAUUCAAGUCAUCAGUUUUGCCACGGAGCAGAACUGGGACUCGCUUGAGAUUUAUGAUGGUGGUGACAUGACUGCACCCAGACUGGGAAGUUUUUCAGGUACCACGGUGCCAGCGCUGCUCAAUAGCACCUCCAAUCAGCUCUACCUGCAUUUCCAGUCGGAUAUCAGCGUGGCAGCUGCUGGUUUCCAUCUGGAAUACAAAACUGUGGGUCUCGCCGCUUGCCCAGAACCAGCCCUUCCCAGCAACGGCAUCAAAACAGGAGACCGGUACAUGGUGAACGACGUGCUUUCCUUUCAGUGCGAGCCUGGGUACACACUGCAGGGCCGCUCCCACAUCUCCUGCAUGCCAGGGACUGUGCGUCGCUGGAACUACCCAUCUCCCCUCUGCAUCGCGACCUGCGGAGGGACCUUGAGCAGCAUGGCAGGCGUGAUCCUGAGCCCUGGAUUCCCGGGCGCCUACCCCAACAACCUGGACUGCACCUGGAAGAUCACCUUGCCCAUUGGCUACGGUGCACAUAUUCAGUUUCUGAAUUUUUCUACUGAAGCUAAUCACGACUACCUUGAAAUUCAAAACGGACCUUACCACACCAGCCCGAUGAUUGGGCAGUUCAGUGGCCCAGAUCUGCCCUCGGCCUUGCUCAGCACCACCCAUGAAACUCUCAUCCACUUUUACAGCGACCACUCGCAGAACCGGCAAGGGUUUAAACUCACUUACCAAGCCUAUGAACUACAGAACUGCCCGGACCCACCUCCUUUUCAGAAUGGGUACAUGAUCAACUCCGACUACAGUGUGGGACAGUCCAUAUCUUUCGAGUGUUAUCCUGGGUACAUUUUAAUCGGCCACCCAGUCCUCACCUGUCAGCAUGGGAUCAACAGAAACUGGAACUACCCUUUCCCAAGAUGUGAUGCUCCUUGUGGCUAUAAUGUGACGUCUCAGAAUGGAACCAUCUAUUCCCCUGGGUUUCCAGAUGAAUAUCCCAUUUUGAAGGACUGCAUCUGGCUCAUCACAGUGCCUCCUGGGCACGGUGUCUACAUCAACUUCACCCUGCUGCAGACCGAGGCUGUCAACGACUACAUCGCUGUUUGGGAUGGUCCUGAUCAGAAUUCGCCUCAGCUGGGAGUUUUCAGUGGCAACACAGCUCUUGAAACAGCCUACAGUUCCACCAACCAGGUGCUGCUCAAGUUCCACAGUGACUUUUCAAAUGGAGGUUUCUUCGUCCUCAAUUUUCACGCAUUUCAGCUCAAGAAAUGUCAGCCUCCCCCAGCAGUUCCACAGGCAGAAAUGCUUAUGGAGGAUGAAGAUUUUGAAAUAGGGGACUUUGUGAAGUACCGGUGCCAUCCUGGUUAUACCCUGUCCGGGACAGAUACGCUGACCUGUAAGCUCAGCUCCCAGUUGCAGUUUGAAGGUUCCCUCCCGACAUGUGAAGCACAAUGCCCAGCCAAUGAAGUCAGGACAGAAUCUUCUGGAGUCAUCCUUAGUCCAGGGUACCCAGGCAACUAUUUUAACUCACAGACCUGCUCGUGGAGCAUCAAAGUGGAACCAAACUACAACAUCACCAUCUUCGUGGACACAUUCCAAAGUGAAAAGCAGUUUGACGCACUGGAAGUAUUCGAUGGCUCUUCUGGUCAAAGUCCUCUGCUAGUGGUCUUAAGUGGAAACCAUACGGAACAAACAAAUUUUACAAGCAAGAGUAACCAGUUAUAUCUCCGUUGGUCCACAGAUCAUGCAACCAGUAAAAAAGGAUUCAAGAUCCGUUAUGCAGCACCUUACUGCAGCUUGACCCACACCCUGAAGAAUGGUGGUGUUUUAAAUAGGACUUCAGGAGAAGUUGGAAGUAAAGUGCAUUACUAUUGCAAGCCUGGGUAUCGGAUGAUUGGCCACAGCAAUGCAACCUGUAGACGGAAUUCAGAUGGAAUGUAUCAGUGGGAGUCCCUUGCUCCACUUUGCCAAGCUGUGUCCUGUGGCAUCCCAGAGUCCCCAGGAAAUGGCUCGUUUACUGGUAAUGAGUUCUCUUUGGGCAGUAAAGUGACAUAUGAAUGUAACGAGGGCUUUAAGCUGGAAGCUGGUCAACAAGCCACAGUCGUGUGUCAAGAAGAUGGAUUGUGGAGUAACAGAGGGAGGCCCCCCAUGUGUAAACCGGUCACUUGCCCCGGCAUCGAAGCCCAGCUCUCAGAACACGUGACCUGGAGGCUGGUGUCAGGCUCCCUGAACGAGUACGGAGCCCAGGUGGUGCUGAGCUGCAGCCCCGGUUACUACCUGGAGGGCCAGAGGCUGGUACAGUGCUUUGCUAAUGGGACGUGGAGCGCAGGGGAGAGGCCAAGAUGCAGAGUGAUCUCAUGUGGAAGCCUGUCCUUUCCUCCAAAUGGGAACAAGAUAGGGACCUUGACAGUGUAUGGUGCCACAGCCAUAUUCACAUGUAACACGGGCUAUACCCUCGUGGGUUCUCAUGUUAGAGAAUGCCUGGCCAACGGGCUCUGGAGUGGCCCUGAAACUCACUGUCUGGCUGGUCACUGUGGCUCCCCGGAUCCCAUCGUGAACGGUCACAUCAGCGGUGAUGGCUUCAGUUACAGGGACACGGUGGUUUAUCAGUGUAACCCCGGUUUCCGGCUGGUUGGGACUUCUGUUCGGAUAUGCUUGCAAGACCAUAAGUGGUCUGGACACACCCCAGUCUGUGUCCCCAUCACCUGUGGCCACCCGGGGAACCCUGCCCGCGGGUUCACCAAUGGCAGUGAGUUCAACCUGAACGAUGUGGUGAACUUCACCUGUAACCCUGGCUACUUGCUGCAGGGUGCAUCUCGAGCCCAGUGUCGGAGCAGUGGCCAGUGGAGCAGCCCCCUGCCCACCUGCCGAGUGGUGAACUGCUCAGAUCCAGGCUUUGUGGAAAAUGCCGUUCGUCACGAGCAACAGAAUUUCCCUGAGAGUUUUGAAUAUGGAAUGAGCGUCAUUUACCAUUGCAAGAAGGGAUUUUACCUAUUGGGGUCUUCUGCCCUAACCUGUAUGGCUAAUGGUUUAUGGGACCGCUCUUUGCCCAAGUGUUUGGCUAUAUCAUGCGGACACCCAGGGGUCCCUGCCAACGCCAUCCUCAGCGGAGAUCUGUUUACUUACGGGUCGGUGGUUCACUACUCGUGCAAAGGCAGCCAGAGUCUCGUUGGCAACAGCACCAGGACCUGCCAGGAGGACAGCCGCUGGAGUGGAGCCCCGCCCCACUGCACAGGAAGUAACCCUGGAUUCUGUGGUGACCCGGCCCCAGCACAUGGCUCUCGGCUUGGAGAGGAGUUUAAGGCCAAGAGCCUUCUCCGCUUCUCCUGCGAGAUGGGCUACCAGCUGCGGGGCUCAGCUGAGCGGACGUGCCUGCUCAAUGGGUCCUGGUCAGGCCUGCAGCCUGUGUGCGAGGCCGUGUCCUGUGGGAACCCAGGGACGCCCACCAAUGGCAUGAUCGUCAGCAGCGAUGGUGUGCUUUUCUCCAGCUCCGUGGUCUACGCCUGCUGGGAGGGCUACAGGACCUCGGGGCUGACAACGCGCCACUGCACAGCCAAUGGCACCUGGACGGGCACAGCCCCCGACUGUACCAUUAUAAGCUGUGGAGAUCCAGGUACUCUGGCGAAUGGCAUUCAGUUUGGAACAGAUUUCACCUUCAAUAAGACUGUUAGCUACCAGUGUAACCCUGGCUACCUCAUGGAGCCUGUCACAUCCCCCACGAUCCGCUGUACUAAAGACAGUACGUGGAAUCACAGCAAACCUACCUGCAAAGCUGUCAUGUGCAGCCAUCCUCCUCCGGUUCCAAACGGGAAGGUGGAAGGAACAGACUUCCGCUGGGGCGCCAGCAUCAGCUACAGCUGUGUGGACGGCUUCCAGCUGUCGCACCCCGCCAUCCUCUCCUGUGAAGGGCGUGGGGUGUGGAAAGGAGAGGCCCCCCAGUGCCUGCCUGUGUUCUGUGGAGACCCAGGCACCCCUGCUGAGGGGCGGCUCAGUGGCAGAAGCUUCACCUAUAAGUCUGAAGUCUUCUUCCAGUGUAGAUCUCCCUUCCUCCUAGUGGGAUCAUCACGAAGGACCUGCCAAGCUGACGGCACAUGGAGUGGCAUCCAGCCCACCUGCAUUGAUCCUGCUCACAAUAGCUGCCCAGAUCCUGGAACGCCACACUUUGGAAUACAGAAUAGCUCAAGAGGAUAUGAGGUGGGGAGCAUGGUGUUUUUCCGGUGCAGGAAAGGCUACCACGUCCAAGGUUCGACGACGCGGACUUGCCUGGCGAACCUAACCUGGAGCGGCACCCAGACCGAGUGCCUCCCGCAUGCCUGCCGACAGCCGGAAACGCCAGCCCACGCGGAUGUGAGAGCCAUUGACCUCCCCUUUGGCUACACCUUAGUGUACACCUGCCAUCCGGGAUUCUUCCUUGCGGGCGGAUCUGAGCACAGGACAUGUAAAGCAGAUAUGAAGUGGACGGGGAAGUCACCUGUCUGUAAAAGUAAAGGAGUGAGAGAAGUUAAUGAAACAGUUACUAAAACUCCAGUUCCUUCAGAUGUGUUUUUCAUCCAUUCAGUGUGGAAGGGAUAUUAUGAAUAUUUAGGGAAAAGACAGCCUGCCACCCUAACUGUUGACUGGUUCAAUGCAACGAGCAGCAAGGUGAAUGCGACCUUCGUUGAAGCCUCCCAGGGGGAGCUGAAGUUGACAGGUGUUUACAAGAAGGAGGAGGCCCACUUAAUCCUGAAGGCCUUUCAGAUUAAAGGCCCAGUGGAUAUUUUUGUCAGCAACUUUGAAAAUGACAACUGGGGACUGGACGGUUAUGUAUCAUCUGGAUUUGAAAGAGCAGGAUUUACUUUUCAAGGUGACAUACAUGGGAAGGACUUUGGGAAAUUCAAGCUCGAAAGGCAAGAUCCCUUAAGCUCUGAUCAGGAUUCUUCAAAUCAUUAUCACGGCACCAGCAGUGGCUCUGUGGCGGCUGCCAUCCUGGUUCCAUUCUUCGCUCUAAUUUUAUCAGGGUUUGCAUUUUACCUCUACAAACACAGAACGAGACCAAAAGUUCAGUACAACGGCUACGCUGGGCACGAGAACAGCAAUGGACAGGCGUCAUUUGAGAACCCCAUGUAUGACACAAACUUGAAACCCACAGAGGCCAAGGCUGUGCGGUUUGACACGACUCUGAACACAGUGUGCACAGUGGUAUAGCCCCGGGUGCCCAGCACCGCCUCAUAGCCAUACCUCCGACGGACAAGCCGUGAUCCUUGGUGCCACAGACCCUCUCCCUUCCUCCCGGCUUUGCUGCAGCGAUGGCCCAGCUCCUCCCGCCACACUCGGCUCGGCCCCGGCUGGCGACACAGGUCUUCAUCCUGGAAGCGGCCGCUCCCGCCUGGCUGCACCUGCUGGAAGGAGGCCACUCCGGGAGACCCCAGUCCCUGCGCGGUGCCCCAAUGCCCCAGACCCUCCUCCAUGUGGCCAGGACGCUCUCAGCGCCGCCUCAGGCGAGUGGACACAUCCUCCGGGCGCGGUGACUAAUGGUAGCAUCCCGAGGUGGGCUGGUUUUUGUUUAAUCCCCAUGAAUAUGAAGACUCUGGAAACAAAGCUCUCUUGAAGAAGACGCCUUUCUGGUAGACGCACACACACCUCCAAACGCUUCACUCUGUCCUGAGACCUGACAGCUCGCCUCGGCGUCCACCCCCAGGGCCUCGUGCACACGGCCCAGUCAGCUGGUCUAUUGCAGAAUUUUUGAUGCACAAUUUUUUGCACUAGUGUGUUAUGAAUGACUAAGAUUCUGAUAAAAAUAAACUAUUUACACGGGGUUUAUACACACUCUACAUUGUAUAUAAGCACCCUCUCACCUUGUCAAGCUCAGCAUUCCACCGCAGUUUAGUUGGCGUGUUAGAAAAAAGAAAAAAAAUCCCCAGAUAUGGCACAGGUUUUAAAAGGAAAAACAAUAUGGAAGAGAUUUAUUUAUUAUUGCUUCUUUUAGCCACAUAUAUGUGUCGAAUUCACUGAAGAUGCCCAAUGAGGGGAAAGAGGCCUUUUUAUUUCCCACAUAAUUCUUAGUCCUGCCAUCGGCCCCUUACUGUCGGAAUGAUACCACUUCAUGGCAGGUCUGCAGCGAUUUCUGUUUGCCAUGUACAGAUAUGAAUAGUAAUUUAUUUUAGGUAGUUCAUGCCCUGGGGGUUUUGCUCACGACACAGUCUCCCCUGUUACGUUGCGAUUUGUUUCUUGUUUGCUGCCAUCACUCUCUGAAAUUGCCUUGAGGACAGGGUCCCACAGGAGCCCCUGAACUCCAUGGAAACAUUCAGGAUCAAACAGCCAGUGUUCCUCUGGAGGCCAGGAAGAGUCGCAGCCACUCUUCUUUCCCGAUGACGUAGUGGAUACAUGACUUUGUCUUUAGUUUCAUGCUUUAUCAUUCCAGAUGGAAAGAAAAUGCCGGUGAUUUUUCAGGUUUACAAUUCAUCAGAGGUAGAUUAUGAAUUUAGCAUAAAUAAAUUAGGUGGGAUUCCGCAACAUGAGUAAGAUCAAAACAAGAAGCAGGAGCAGUGACAAUGGGAAUGUUUAUGUAACAAAGUGAAGAUCACCGUUAUUUUUAUUUACUACUGUUUGAUAAAAGCAUUUGGAAAAGACAAUGCUUAUUUUAUUACUCGGGUUUUAAGUACAUAGUCACUUACCCCCUUCUCCCUUCCGUACGGGCAUCAGGGCAUCGGUGGUUUGGGGAACAUGUUCACACAUAGCUUCAGGACUGGCGUGUGUGUCCGUCUGUGUCAUGUCUCAGUGCAGGACUUCAAAAGUGAAAAAUGAAAAAGAAUGUCAGGGUCAUAGCUCAUUCCUUCCCAAGUUUUGAUUUGAACAUUUGAGUUGCUCUCACCUCCUGGCGCCCGCUGUCCAGGUGCCCGUGGGAAGGGGUGCAGCGGCUGGAGGCACGGCCGCCCACCUCGGGCUCUUCCCGACCUUCCACACCCCAUGCACUGAACUCAGUCUUCUGUGCUGAGUUCUCUGCACAUUUCGCUCUGGCCAGCCUGGCAACAUACCACGAUGUGCUUUGCAGCCCGAGGUCCAUAUGGCUUUUUCUCCUCAGACCAGGUGAGGUCAGCCAGAGCCAGGCUCCUCGCACACCCAGGGAGCCGGAACCAGGAACCCAGGAGGAAGUCUGUGCAUCUCUGUGUGCAGGGAGAACAGGGUUACUAUACAUACUAGGUGUAUAUAUAUAUAUAUAUACAUACAUAUAGAUAACUAUAAAUAUAGUGUACAUACAUGGUUUGAGUCAUUCAAACUAGGUGCAAGAUGCUGACUUCAGAGUCUGAGUCAAUGUCCCUCCACAUCCCCGACCCGCUUGCUGGUCAACAACGUUACGAAAUCCUGAAAUGACAGGACUUACAUACACACAAGAAACCACAUAUCAGAUUAGACACGACUCUCCUUUGUGUGCCAAGUCAGAGUGUCCUUGGCUGCCAGUUUGGAGCAUGUUAUUAAAAAAAAAAUACUCCAUGAAAUUCUCUCUCAAGAAUUCUGCCUAGUUUCUUCCUGGGGUGUGUGCAGUGUUAAUCAGAUCCCCUGCGAGGUGUGGGAGGGUCUGGUGGGAGCAGUCGGCAAAGGCGCUUUCUGGGUCCAGGGUGGAAGACUCCUGGCGGGAGCAGCUGGAGCUCAUGGAGGGGAGGCACCCCGCUGACAGGUCCUGUGCUUCAGAGCUGUGCAAACUGCUGCUUGUCCCACACAUCUUGCCUUUCUUCAGGCUAGCUGCAAUAAUUUUUUUCUUCUGUAAAAUAUUUUGUAAACAACCACAAAAAAAAAAAGCUAUUAUAAAAAGGGGGAAAGAACGCUGGCAUUAUGAUCAGGAAAAACCCAUCGUCAUCACCCACUGUCUCGCCAUCUCGCCACAUGCUGCUGACAUGAAGUAGGUGCAAACGACCUUUUUUGUACAGAGAUAUAUUUUUUAUGAAGAAUUUGUAAAAUUAUUAAAUAUGCUGUAAUUUUUUGAUUAAUGUAGGUAAAUUGUUAAAAAAUAAAUGUUUUUACAAUACAAAACUGUAAUUUUCCCAAUAAUGUACAAUGUACCAUCCUAGCUGAUGUUCAGUUCUGAUCCUAUUACACAUGUAUUAAUAUUAAAGUGACCUGUUAAAAUGAACAGUAUCUUUUUUGUCAAAAGAAAUUAUACAGAGAGUGUAAUAUAGCCUGUGCAAUGCCACCUAUCUUUAAAGCAAAUCAGAGUUCUAAUUAAAUAUUUAAUUUUAGAUUUCUA